AUGUCUCUAAGCAUCCGAGGGUAUAACGCCCCCCGGGCUCAGUCCCAGAACAACACAAACACAGCCAUGAACGGCGACAACCGACGUCGGACGACGACGACCACAACAACCACCACCACCAGCACACACUCCAGUCCCACCCGCCAACCACAAAACAGCGGCCUCAUGAAUGCCAUCAACGGAUAUCACACAAACUCGAAUGCCAACAACCAGAUGGUGCCCCAUGGACGCAGCUCCGACACCGAUCUGAGCUCGGUCUCUUCAGUGUUCACCUAUGGUCCUCGCUCCUCAUCUUCUCGCCGAGGAGAGCCAGCCGGGAACAAGGUCCGCUUCAAGCCUCCCACUCUCCAGGUCAGGCCUCGCCAAGAUGAUCCCCCCAUGAGGCACGCCGACCCGGAGCCUUUCACUCCACGCGGGCCCUACACAUCUGAAUCAGACAACGAGUCUUCCUGGAGCUCGUCCAACGUGUCCAGCAGCACCAAUGCCACCAGCGUCUUCUCAUCAUCUGACGAUGGCGCCCCCCCUCCUAGCAAGAAGCGCACCAGCGCGGUUGUCGACUCAAGGCAGUCGAGGCAGAGUAGCAGCACUUCCACAUCUUCCCGUCGCCAGAGUGUCAGUAGGGAACGACCUGGCCGACGGUCCGAGAACAGCCACAGCGAGUCCCAGGUCCAGGUUCAAACGCAAAACUCGAACCAGGGCACUCGCAACAUCCACAUUCACAUUGAGCCCAAGGUGCAAUCUCCGCCAAUUGCCCCUCAAGUACCUCUGGUCACUCACCAAGCUGCACCUGCACCAGCUCCUCCCCUCAUCACCCAGCGGGUUCCAGAGGCUCUCACCUACCACCAGCCAGCUCCCAUCCAGCAACAGCCUGCUGUCCACCAGCAGCACGUGGUGCCCUACCAGGAGCCAGCAGACAAUGUCUGGGAGCUGGAGAGCCUGCGCAAGGAGCUGAAUCUCCUCAAGGAGAAGCAGUCCUCCUCUGACCGGGACCUCCAGGACCUGCGGCAGAAGACGGUCAGCCUCGAAAAAGACAACGCCAACCUCCAGAAGGAUAACUCCAACCUCCAAAAGGACAACACCAAUCUCCAGAAGGACAAGGAUGACCUCCGCUCCGAGCGCAACAGGCUCCAGCAGUCCAAGGACAAGCUGACGAGCGACCUGGACAACCGGGCCCGCCAGCUCGACAAGGUCCAGACCAAGGCCGAGGAGCAGAAGAAGGCUUUCGAGAAGAUUGAGAAGGAGCGCGACUCGAGGCUGGAGAAGACCAAGAAGGAGCACGCCGAGGCGCUCAAGAAGGCGCAAAAGGACUGGGACACCACCCAGGAGAAGCUCCGCAAGGACUACGACGCCGCCCUCCGGACCAUCAAGAAAGAGCGCGAUGACCUCGCCGGAUCGGAGAGGUCCAUGGAGAGCAAGCUCAAGGAGACCGAGGCCAACCUGUACAAGUACAAGGAGCUGAGCGACAUCAUGAGCAACAAGUGCAACGUGCUCGAGAAGGAGAGCAAGCAGCAGGUGACCUUCCACAAGGAGAUUGACGCCAAGACGAUCAAUCUCGAGCGCGAGCUCAGCGAUGUUAAGGCCAUCAGGAAGGCGCAGGAGACUUCCUACGUUGCGCAGAUCGCAACGCUCGAAAUGUCUCUUGAUGCCGUGAACCUCCGCGUCAAGGGUCUCGAGGGCGACUUGCUCAAGAACGCCACCGAGCUGGGCGAGCUCACCGCCAAGCGUGACGGUCUCAAGAGCGACAUCCGCGCCAAGGUUGAUCCUCUUGAGAAGCAGGUCAAGAGCCUGGAGAACCAGAUCAGGACCAUGGAGAAGGAGGUCAAGGGUCUGGAGAGCCGAGCUGACAAACUUGAGAAAGAGAAGGAGGAGCUGCUGAAGCAGGUGGAUAGUCUCAAGGCUGAGAAACAGGCUCUUGACGACAAGGUCAAGGAGCUCCAGACAGCCCUUGAUGAUCACAAGAAGCAGCUGGAGGCCAAUGAGGCCGAGCACAAGAAGCUGCUAGAGGCCAAGGAGGGCGACUUGACUAAACUUAAUGGCGAGAACGCCGAGCUCAAGUCUCAGAUCGAAAGGCUCCAGAAGGAGAAAGACACCGCCGAGAUCAAGGCCGGGGAGGUUGAGGUCAAGUACCGCAAGCUCAAGAACAAGGCCGAGCUCAUGAGCACUGAGGGCAAGAGCCUUCGCGUUCAGGUCCAGGAUCUCCUCAAGGAGCAGGACGAUACUUCAUCCCGUGUCCUGCGCCUCUCGGCGGAGUGUGACGGCCUUCGAGAGGAGAAUGAGUCCCUCCGUGCCUCAUCCGAUGCAGCAUCUAGCAUCUUCAGCCUCCCCCAGAGCAAUGCCCCCUCCAUCACGAGCGACACCGCGUCCACCGUGAGCAGAGACGACGAUGCCGCCACCAUCAUCUCUGAAAUGACCGAGAAGGCGCCCGAGACCGUCACGGCCGAAGUCGUACCCGAGCCCGUAACGGUUGAAGACGUGCCAGAAGACGUACCCGAGCCUGCCCCUGAGCCCGCCCCUGAGCCAGCAGAGGAACCAGCACCAGAACCGGCACCCGAGCCUGCACCAGAACCAGCAGCAGAGCCAGCCCCAGCCCCGGAGCCAGCCCCAGCUGAAGCCGAAACACCAAAGGAGAGCGGCGUCGCUCCCGCCGCCGAGGUAAACGCAGACCCAGCCCCCGAGCAGCCUGCCGAGGCGCCUCCGCCAGCAGAAGAGCCAAAGACUGAGGACGGACCAAAUGCUGACCCGGAGCCAGCAACCGCAGCCACAGCCCCAGCCCCAGAAGCCGCCGCCCCAGAAGAAGGCGGACAAGGAGAAGAAAAAGCCCAAGAGCAAGAGCCCGCCCCCGAAGAAGAAAAAGCAGAGCAAGUAGUCGACCCCAACGUGGUCCUCGUCGUGACCCUCCAGGAGCGCAACACGGAGCUCCUGACGCGCAACACCGAACUCCAGGAAAAGGCGGCCGCGGUCGACGCCCUGACGAGCGAGCGAGACAACCUGUGCACGAAGCUGGCCGAGGCGGAGAAGGAGGCCGAGGCGGUACCCAACCUGCGAGUCGAGAACGGCACGCUCGCCGCCAAGCUGGAGGAGGUUAAGGGCCAGCUGGAGACUGAGAAGCAGGCGCACCAGGCUGCCAGCAACCAAGUCUCGGCCCUGAAGAAGAAGGUGACCGAUCUGACUGCCCAGCUUGGCUCCAAGGAAAGUACCGGGACUAGGGGUCGGACCAAGAGUGACCGUAAAUCUAAGCGUGACAACGAGAUUGUGAUUGUGCGCUGCCCCCGAGAAGGCUCACGCGGGAUCUCUAUUGUACGACGAAAGAACCUUCACCACGUCCGUUCAUCAUCCCAGUCUGAGGGCUCUGGUGCGGACAACUGA